GUGGUAUGUGAAAAACACUUCACACCGGACAGCUACAACCAAGGAGAUCUUAUGGAAUUUCGCAUGGGAUUUCGACGAAAAGAGUGGGUUAGGCUGGCAAAUGGAGCUGUGCCAUCGGUGCAUGCAAGUCCACCUGCAAAAUCUGGCGGGAGUGAAGAGUCUAACGUUAAUGUUAGCACUAGCAGAGAAUCUGCGCGUCGAAAACGGGAGCUUUGCACAAUUAUGGGAGAGAGUGCUGCCAGCAAAGACGGGGCGGGUGCAACUGCCACUUCAGAUCCUGAUGGAGAUGGAGACAUCUCUACAAUGGACCCUGAGCCAGAACUGGUCCAUCGUGGAUCACAGUGCAACAUAAGAUGUUUACAUCGUUCAUUAGUGCUGUUGACAAGUUCAUUGUUUGCCAGAGGCAGUUGCUGUCCUUGUUCACAGUUUGCCCUGCAUGCUGUGGGGAAACCCAGGGACGCAUAAUGCACCCGGAAGGAACUUUCAUAAAAGUCAAGCAGGCCUGCGGAACUUGUGGCUAUGAGCGUUACUGGCAAAACCAAGAGAAGGUGCAUCGAAACAUGCCUGCCUGCAACCUUUUACUCAGCGGUGCCAUCCACUUCUCAGGUUGCAUGGCUACUCAGACAAUCAGGAUGCUGAAGCUGUUUGGACUGCAGUGCAUAAGUCCCGGCAGUUUUUUCCGCCAUCAGCGCUAUUACACUAUCCCUACCAUCGUGCAGGCCUGGAGGAAUGAGCAGAGUGGGAUCAUCAGGGAGUUGAAGGAGACUGGGGGUGGAUUGAUCCUGUCUGGUGACUGCAGAUCAGAUUCUCCUGGACACUGUGCCAAGUAUGGUAGCUACUCCUUGAUUGAGGAUCGAAUUAACAAAGUUUUGGAUGUUCAGCUUGUCCAAAGCUCAGAAGUCCCAAGCAGCUCUUGGUGUGAGCUAGAGGGUCUAAAGCGGAGUAUGCAGUUCCUGAUGGACCAAGACAUGCAAGUGUCUGCUCUGAUAACAGACAGAAAUCGGCAGGUGGCCAAGUGGGUACGUGAGAAAAUGUGUUCAGAAGGAACAAAGCAUUUCUUUGACGUCUGGCAUAUUGGGAAAAGUAUGUAUUGUGAUGCUGGUAGUUCUAUAUAA